AUGUUCCGCGGCGAGAGCUCGUCACAGCGCGUCACGGCCCAUCUGCACGGCCCAUCUGCACGGCCCAUCUGCACGGCCCAUCUGCACUGCCCAUCUGCACGGCCCCACUCACUCUCACAACCCGCCGCGUCUGCUAACGCACGCACCUUGCGAUCGCCCCCGGGGUGCGUCGCGAGGCCCGCCCGCCCGCUCACACUCGCUGCGCCUCCCCACGCACCGUUCCUCCUCGCCCCUGCUUUCCAUUCCCAUUCUCAAUCCUCACCGUCCUCCCGUUCCCUUCAAUUCCCUUACCGACACCCUUUUUCUCCCGUUCCCUUCCUUUUCAUUCGCUCCACUUCCUUUCUCUUCCCGUCACUUCCCCUCAAGACCUCUCCCGACCCCUUCCUUUCGUCGCGUCCUCUUCAAUCCCCAUCUCUCCCCUUUGCUACCUUUCGCCGCCCUUCAAUCCCCAUCUCUCCCCUUUGCUACCUUUCGCCGCCCUUCAAUCCCCUUCCUUCCACUCGCCCACCGUUCCCCCCGCCCGCCCUCCCAUGUUGUGGCCUUAUAGCUAGCGUCAUUGCACCGCGGCGAGUGCGAGCGAGGGCGGGCACAGGGAAGCUCGUGCAUAGCGGCACAGGGAAGCUCGUGCAUAGCGGCACAGGGAAGCUCGUGCAUAGCGGCACAGGGAAGCUCGUGCAUAGCGGCACGCGAAUAGAACCUAGGCGGCCCUCACGGGGUGAGUCGCCCCACUGCAUUCCCUCCAUUCCCCUCCUUCCAUUCCCCUCCUUCCAUUUCCCCCCUUCCAUUCUCCCUCCUUCCAUUUCCCUCCUUCCAUUUCCCUCCUUCCAUUCCCUUCCUUCCAUUGCCCUCCUUCCAUUCCCCUCCCCCUCCUUCCCUUCCUGCCCUUCCCUUCCCGCGCUUCCCGUACCACCCUUCCGUCCCUGCCCUCCCAUCUCUCCCUCCUGCCCUCCCGUCUCCCCGCCCUGCCACCCGUCUCCCCCCUGCCCUCCCAUCUCCCCGCCCUGCCCUCCCAUCUCCCCGCCCUGCCUCCCAUCUCCCCGCCCUGCCCUCCCAUCUCCCCGCCCUGCCGUCCCGUCGCCCCUCUGA